UCCAGAUCCAGCCGGGAGAAGUUUCCAGGUGACUCGAGAGCGGCAACGAACUUGGAGAGGGGUGUGCAGAGCUCAUCAAUGCAAAGCGAGGGAGACACCAGGCUCUGAGCUGCAGAGGAAGGAGCCCUGCAGCCCUGGGUUGCAGACAGACCAGAAGCACCCAAAGCUUCAGCAAAAGUUGGGAUUUGUAAUUUUCCUCCCACAAAGCCCCCGGAGCUCCAGUGUGCAGCCAUGUCCCUGGCGGUGAAGGAGAAGAACCACGUGCGUCUGGUCUUCCUGGGUGCGGCAGGAGUGGGCAAGACAGCUCUGAUCCGCCGCUUCCUGCUGGACACUUUUGAGCCCAAGCACCGGCGGACAGUGGAAGAGCUGCACAGCAAGGAGUACGAGGUGAGUGGAGCCACCAUCAAGGUAGAGAUCUUGGACACCAGUGGCAGCUACUCCUUCCCGGCCAUGCGCAAGCUGUCCAUCCAGAACAGUGACGCCUUCGCCCUGGUCUACGCGGUGGAUGACACAGAGUCCUUCGAGAGCAUCAAGAGCCUGCGGGAGGAGAUCCUGGAGGUGAAGGAAGACAAGUUCCCCCCCAUUGUGGUGGUGGGCAACAAGGCGGAGGCCAACAGAGAGAGGCAUGUGCUGACUGAGGAUGCCCUGUCCCUGGUGGAGCUGGACUGGAACAAUCGCUUCCUGGAAGCAUCGGCCAAGGAAAACGAGAAUGUGGUGGAAGUCUUUAGGGAGCUGCUGCAGCAAGUCAACCUGCCCAGCCGGCUCAGCCCGGCGCUGCGCAGGAGGAGGGAGACCUUCCCAAAGGAGAACGCACUCAGACCACCCAUGAACAAGACCAACAGCUGCACUGUCUGCUGAGUUGGGCCAGGCUGGGAGGAGGAGGAGCAGCAGCAGCAUGGACUUGAAACUCAGGUGGGCUGGGUACAGAGAUGAGGCUGCAUCCACUAAAGUGGCACCCUUCCCCCUCCUGUUCCUUACCCAGCCUGCUAAGACUGUUAAACUUGUAGAUCAAAUGAGGCCGGGGCCCUAGUCACUUUGACUCAGCUGG